AUGUUAUCAGUUGCUCUAAAUAUAUUUAUAAAAUAUAAUAUGCGCAAUUGCAAUCAAUUUGUGCCAAUUCCUAAGAUUUGUGUCCGAAGAUCAAACCUCAUUGAGGACGCUCUGAACAGUUUUUUAAACGAAAAUUGGGGUUUAAAAAGUCCCAUAGCGUCAUUUUUAACACAAAGUCGCUUAGUUGUAGAAUUUUUAGGUGAAGUUGGCGUGGAUUCUGGAGGAUUACGACGUGAAUUUUUUAGUUUAUUAGUUGACGAACUGUUGAAUUGUGAAUAUGGACUAUUCAAGCUUUGCUCCAGAGACACAGCGUACUGGUUAACGGGGUAUGAAUUAGGAUUUGCUAUUCAAACUGAGUUAAUUGGAUUUGUUAUCGGUUUAGCUUUAUUAAAUGGUGACACAUUGAAAGUUCCUUUCCCUAAAGUUUUUUUUAGAAAAUUACUGUCAUCAAACCGAAACUUAUUAAAAUCGACUAUUUUUAAAAACUAUCAAUCUAGUAGCGAACAAUACAUCAUGUUUAAACCAGUAACAAGCACAAAUUUUAUAGUUCUGAAAGUUAUGGAGAAAGAUCAGCUCAUACUGCGUAGCAAUUACAACCCAGAUUUAACAAAAUUUAUUUAUUUGCGACAAAUAGAUAAGGUGUACAAAAGCCUCACUCAGCUUCCAGAAUACACACCCACUCUGCAAGAUCUAGAAGAAAUUGAACCAGAAAUUGCGGAUAACAUAUACAAGCUUUACCUCAUGUCAUGUGAUUCAAACAUAGCUAACUUAAAUUUAACAUUUUCCGUCACCAAAGACUGUUUAGGUGAGUUUCAAGAAAUUCCGUUAAAGGAUAAAAACGGUAAUGAAUAUUCUAUGGAGAAGCUUGUAACCAAUCAAAAUGUAUUGGAAUACAUAGAAGCGUUAUUGAACUAUUAUUUGAUAUACAACAUUGAAACCCAAUUUGACAACUUUUAUCUCGGCUUCCACCGAGCUUGUGCUUGUUCACUAUUUAUGCAUUUGACUCCAGAACAAUUAGCUUUUACACUAAACGGAAUCGAAGGUGAAAUCGAUGUAAACCACUUAGAAAAAGUUACACAAUAUUUAAACGGAUAUGAUGAACACAGUCAAGUUAUCAAGUGGUUUUGGGUUUGUUUUAGAAUGCUAAGUUCCUCAGACAAAAAAAAACUAUUGAUGUUUAUCACAGGUUCAGAACGAAUUCCAUUGGGUGGACCAGAAGCGCUUGAACUUAAAAUUACCAACCCUGGUGGUUCGUCCGAUCGGCUUCCCUGGGCUCACACCUGCGAAAAAAUUUUGUUAUUGCCUAAUUAUCCCAGCUAUGAGUUACUCAGUGAUAAAUUACGAAUAGCAAUAGAACAUAACAGAGGCUUUGGCCUGUAUUAA